UGUGGACGGAGGUCUAUAUGAAUUUAGAAUUUGACGUGCAGGAAGCAAGCUAGGAUUUUUAUUCAGCUGUUAAUUAAUUCAUAUUUUGCUUACUCCAUCCCACACACACACUCCGAAGUAACCCCCCAUGUUCACUGAAAUUUAUUAAUAUACAAUUAUUUCAGAUACACUACCAACAAGUGGAUUGUCAUGCAUCCUGACCUGUCACAUCACCUGCACACUGAAAGGUGUAAUGUCCUCAUCGAGGCUCUCAUGAAGUGUCACGAAGAACACAAAGUGGGAAAGUUUUUUGGAAAAUGUAACGAGUUUGACAGUGCUGUAAAUAGGUGUUUGAUAAAAGAGUACCAUGCCAGACGAGAUGCCAACAGAUUCAGAAAAAGGAAACAGAAAGCAGCAGAACAAGACUCUAAGACACAAGUUUAAAUGGAUAUGGUCUACAUGUACCAGAUACUUGUGAUAAAAUUAAGUGAACACAUUAAAACACGCAAACUAUCCCUGUAUACAACAUGCUGAUAGGCAUUCAAACACGGGUUAUGACUAUGAACCAAUGUGUUAGUUGCUGUGAUCAAUAAAUAUAACGUUACUUUUAUUUUACCUUUUCGAAGGCUACAUGUACUUCCUUUUAGGAAGAUUUAUCAUUAUAUUAUAUGUGUACAAAGUUAGUUUGGUAAAGUUUUAAAAACACUCAUUAGAUCUCAACCUUCCAUACUCUGUUUUUAGUAGUCUGUUAUAAUUUGUCUGAUGGCCCAAGGUGAUUGCUAUUAGCCAAGGGUGACUAUGAAUUUUAAGAAGGUAGUUCGAUGGGCAGCCAUCGGUUUUUGAUGCAUUAAAAAUAUCGAUGUGCUAGAAUCAGUUAUACAUGUAUGCAGCCAAUUUAAUAGUUUUGAAUAAUGAACUUAUUUUAAUUGACCCAAAUGGCCACUAUAUGUAUGUUUACACCCCCAUACCAUACCCCUGAUUCUAGAUAAAGACAGGUCUGCGAAAUAUCACUUAUGUAAUUUGUGGUUCGGAUGGCCUAUCGGUGUGGUGUCCAACAGUAUAUAGGCCCAGACCCUAGUUUCAGCCAGUGAAAAUGAACACUAAAUUUAGUUAAUCUACAAACCUGCAACACAUUUGGAUAAGGUUAGAGCAAAGCUAAAGCCUGUGAUGUUUAAACGGGGAAAUACCAUCUAAAAAUAACUAGAGCUUGUCUCGAUAACUAUUACUUCUCAGACAAACAUGCUUUUUUAGAAUUAUGAAAUGGCAUUUUGGGAUAUUACAAAAAUCUGAAUGACCAGGACCACUUCAGGUGUACGAAAAUGGAUGUACUAAAUAAAAAAUGUAAGUACUUCUAAUUUAAAUGAUCAAAAAUGACUUUAAUAGUGGAAAAUAGGUUGUAGUGUUUAAAAACUAGGGUCUGUCAUUUUAAUGGUAUGACAUGCAUGUGUCUGAUUAGCUAUAUCUGUAAUGCUGAAAAACAGAUACUAUCCAAUUAACUAAAUGUGUAAUAUUGACAAAGAGACGGAUCUGAUAUAUGUAGUAUGGAAACAUUUAUAACAGGCCUGGUGCUUAUAAAUAUUUUAGAGUCUAAACUCGAGACUCUAAUAGAGUCUGAGACGUGAACGUCAUGGCAACGCCAUACAAAUUGUAUGAGUGUGACGUCAUUAGAGAUUGAGUCUGGACUAAAAAAUGUAUAAGCACGGGCCCAGAUCUGAUUAGCUAAGCCUAUCAUAAAUAAAAAUAAAUAUUUGUUUUUAUAUAUAAAAUGAUUUAACGUAUCGGACUAGCUAAAUGUUUCAUACUAAAAAUAUCUGUUAUAGAAAAACUGGUCAUUACUGCCCAUAUUUUUUAUCAAAAUGAUAAAUUUUUGAAAACAUUACACACAUCGUGGCAAACACUUAAAUAAAGUUUUCUAAAGCCCCUAAGAGUGUUACAUAAUUUUUGAAUGACCCUAUCUUGCUUUCAUAUCAAGAUAAUGAAUUUCCAUUCUUCUAUUAAAAUGUUUUGAUCUAAGCCAGUGUUUAGUAGUAUCGAGUUCAGAGGGUACUUGCAUUAACGUGUGUGCACAUUUUAUGUGCAAAUUAUGCAGAUGUCCGUGACGUAUAUUAUUAGACGAUUCUGUUUGUUGUUGAAUUAAUGAUAAACGCAUUGUUUUCUGGGGCAUAGUCAUGUUAACAUUAACAUAAAAAUUUACUAGAUUUGUAUUUUUAGCAAUAAAACUGCAUUAAUCCUA